AGCCUAUCAACUUGUAAACCCUAAACAACCCUAAAUCGCCGCCAUCAACCAGUCGGCCAACAAUAGCUAACAAUAGCUGCCGUGUUUUUUUUCUAUUGCCGUGAUAUUGCCACCCCCACUACGCUUGUUCUUUUGAAACAAUAUUAAUAGUGCCUUUCAAUUAGUUCUUUUCUGUCUUGCGUCACAAUCCACUCACAAUCCACCUCCUCUAUUUGCUUGCUUUAUUGCCGCCACCAGCAAAUUAAUAGUGCUUUAUUUAUAUCUCUUUAAUUGGAACAAGUUUCUAAAAGCAAUCAACGAACCAUCAACUAGCCAACAUCGACGAAACUUAAACCAGCCGGCAAAUCUACGAACCAUCAGCCAACCAUCGACCUGCAGGUAUCAAAAUCAUUGUUUUACUCAUCAUGACAACGAUUACUGCUUUUAGUAUUCAAGAACGUACAUCCCAUAAUUCCCACAAGUUUGCAUUCAAUCUUACACCAAACAAUUAUGGCUACUGGAAAGCCAUGAUGGAACCGUUUUUAAAGGCCAAUGGAUUAUAUCGUUAUGUUGACAACACGUUAUCUUGCCCGGAAGAGAAAAUUACAACCGGUGAUGCUACUACUACAAACCGUAAUUUUACAAACUGGAUUGCUAAUGAUGCGCAUGUCCGCAUGAUCAUUAUAUCCACCGUUUCCGAGUCUUCGUUUCAACACAUCCAAGGAGACACGGCUCGGGAAGUGUGGUUAAGUCUAGCACGUGCAUAUGCUCCUUCGAAUUCAUCUCAUCAGUUCACACUAAAAACGCAGCUUUUAAAGAUUUCAAUGAAAGAUGGUGAAAAAGGUAUUGAUUAUCUCAGCCGUGCUCAAGAAUAUGCAACGGCUCUUGCAAAUAUUGGUGAACCCGUCAAAGACAAAGAUCUCAUCAUGCUUACUAUAGCCGGUUUACGCGAGGAAUACCAUGGUUUGAAAAGCAACCUUCUUGCCCGCUCCCCACCGGUUCAAUUUAACGAGCUUCACGGCCUGAUUGGUGAUCAUGAAUAUAUCACUCGGUCCACUAUUUCUUCAUCAUCGGCCUCUCCACAAGUCUUCAAUGUUACCACUGCCGCAACAACUACUUCCCAGGCCCCCGAUUUGGCUUCGAUUCAGCAGCAGAUUACCAACCUUCAACUUUUGGCAAACCAACUUGCUUCCACAACUCAGCCGUCGGCAUCACCAUCGGCUCCUCAGGCAAACUAUGCUAAUCGGUCUGCUUCUUCAAGACCGACCUGUGGAUACGGUCGGGGCCGUGCGUUUUCUCGCGGGGGCCGUGGCCGUGGUGGUUCACAAGGCUCUCGCCAAUUUGCUUGGGCGUCCACGCAAAAUAUGGUUUACGGUCAUUGCAAUAGAUGUGGUAUUGGUCAUAUUCCCUCACAGUGCCCGAAUCACACCGGCUCUUCUCGUGGAUCACCUCAAGCGAAUUAUGCAAACUCUGAGGCGGGCUCAUAUACUACUUGGACAUCAGAUACAGGCGCUAAUUCCCAUGGUACUCCUGAUCUUGCUAGUAUGGACAACUCGGACGUCUAUUACGGACGAGGCUACCAGGGCUAUCCUCCUCACAGGCCCUAGUGACCAGGGUCUCUACACCAUUCGCCUACCUUCUUUUCAACCGGUUUCCAAGAUAGUGUUCACUACUUUUCGAGCUCCAUCUACUAUGUGGCAUCAACGACUUGGGCAUCCUCACUUUCGAGUUUUUCAACAUAUUGUUAAAAAUUUUCUUUACCUAUUUCUGAUAAACUUUGUUCAUCCUUGUGUACUUCUUGUCAAUUGGGAAAAAUGUCCAAACUUACUUUGCUUAUUUCAUCUUUUCCUAGUAAAAACAUAGUUGAUUUGGUU